GGAUAGUUGAAGGAGAAUAUUUUCCUGCAUAAAAGUCAAGCUUUGUAGAAGAAUGAAAAUCACGUUAUAGCUAACCCCUUACUACGAUACCGACUUCAACCUGCUCCGUUGGCUCAAAGGACAUGAUUAUAACUUGGAUGUAAUUGUACCAAAAUUGACUAACCACCUCCUGAUGAGGAAGGGAGUAUGGGACCUCGAUAAUCUACCCGACAAACCAAGAAAUCAUGCAGUGCACAAACACUGGAAGUCUGGUUUGACUGGCGAAGCCAAGAGAACGCCGAACUGUAUUGUGAAUAUUGAACAAACUGGAGGGAAUGACUACUGGGGGAUGUCAAACGUUCAUCCGAUAAACGAGAUUUUGAAGUAA